AAAAAUGGCAGAGUAGUUUUUCCAGAGUUAAUUUUUUUCCCCUCAAAAAUAGUUGUUUUUGCUCUAUUUUGAGUGUACAGAGUAAAAUGUGUCAGUAGAGUGGGAGCGAAAUUAAAGAGUAACUGUGACUCCUCCCCAAAAUUAUCCUCCCAAAGUUUAGUUUAUCCGCCAUUACUGUUCGUCACGGCCAUCGCGAUCGCUGCCGUUUGUGGGUUUAGAAGAGAAGUUGCGCUUCUACUGGAUGUUAAAGAUGCAAACCAACAAUGUUGUCAGAGUGAAGUUCAAAGAUAGCAAGAAAUAUAUUUUUUCUCCAACACCUUUUACAUUUCAGAUGUUUUUGGAAUGUGUGGUUUGUCUUCCUUCAGUUGCCAAGAAAUUUGAUCUUCCUACAAUGGACGUUAAAGUCUUUGAUGACUCGAAGACAGAAGUUGAUGAGGAAGCAUUUGAAUAUCUGCUGACACGACCAGACCUUGGUGUUCUAGAAAUUUUCAUCCCAGGCACAGCAAGUUUUGAUGAUUCUUUAAGCUCAAGCUCAUUAGGAGAUGCUGGGGGCACAUCAGAGUCUGAUGACACAGCAAUGUUGAUUAGAAGUCCUCCUGAAAAAAAUCGAGCUGAGGAACGUCGUCUUGCCCAAAUGGUCGAAGAUAUCCUAAAGAGCAGCCCUGGAGGCGAGAAGGUCAUAAAUGAAUACGCUCGCACUAAAAGUCUGUCAGAUGGCAGAAGACGUGACGUGGUGGAAAUCUUGGUAGCACAUUUGACAAAUGAACAUGGAACAAGCCCUUCCCGACGUUUGAAGGAAGAAUAUGCGAAGGGAAUCAUCUCCCUAUUCCCAUACUUGGCUGACCCCAGGAGCAAACUUGGUUAUGAGCAUUAUUACAAUGCAGAAGAUGGAAGUGGAUAUUUGGCAUGGAGAAUUAAAACGCUGCAGAAAGAAGGAUCAGAGGGACGGAUGAAACGCCCACGGCAACCACAGACAGGUGGGCCAACUGCUGACAGGGAUCCCUACAAAGAAGACAGCUGGUUGAAUGAUGAACGUCAGUGUCAGGAAGCAAUUGCCCUGAUGAAGCAUACAGGUGAUGAGGCAGUGGUAAAGGAAAAGAUGAGGUUAACACUGGCCUAUCGCCAGAAGAUGCUGCACGACCCUAAAGAGGCACCUGAUAUUCUAUCCAUUUUCCUGCGAUUCAUGGAUAUACCAGGCUUGAUUGAUCAAGAUUUUGGACUUCUAUUUGGUGAUGCGACCUCUGCAAAGUUGUUGGAGAAGUGGUCUACCAACAUAAAACCACAGGUUAUUGCACAGAGCCGUGGCCUCACACAGACUAGUGAGCUCCAAGACCUCAUCCAAAAUGCUGAAGCCACUGAAGUUGAAGAAGGUUGGGACAGCGAUAUGUCUUCCAUUCUGAUGCUGGUUCACCUUUUGCCACCCUCAAGUCAAGGCCGCAAAAGACCGGGAAAAAUCUCAGCUAGACAAGCAUGUGAUUGUCUUGUGAAAUUCAUCAAGACCGGAACCAGUAUCCAAGGGCACUUGGAUAGCAUUGGAGAGAGUCUCCAGCCAUAUCUACUUGUUGUUGGGCCGAAGAGAAGUAGGGUCCAGUCUUGUUUUAUUGUAAUUGACCAACAUGCUCUACCCUGUAAGGCCUCUAAUUCACUGGCCUGUGUUGAUGAGCUUUUCAAAGCUCACUUUGUCUUUGGCACCUCAUACUGUCAGGAAUUGACCAAUGUGUAUAGCUUUCUGCAAACCACUGUCUAUGACAUAGAUGUUGAAACCACCAAGGUGAAUCCCAGAGUGGCUGAGUUGAGAGCUAGAAUGCUCCAGUGAGCAGAUGAAUUGUUUCAUUUGUAAAAGGGGGCAUGCUAGUGCCAAUGCCCUUAUAAGGCACUUUAAGUUAGUUCAUGGCCUUUGUCCAGGAAAAAGUCUGAAGUUAAAAUGUGCUCUAAGAGGUUGUUCACAUGUUUACCAUAGUUUUUCUGGAUUACGAAAGCAUCUCAGCAAGUGUUGUGCAAUUGACAGUUCACGCACCGAUUAUGGUGAAAGCUCAUCCACCACCAACUCCAUUUCAUUAGGGGAUGUAGGUGUUUUACCAAACCAAAAUUCACCUUGUGAGUCUGUACUCUUAAAAACAAAUAUAGUAAACAGUUGUGCAACAGUGGUAGCUGAACUUAAAGUUGCUGGUGUCGCAGAGACAACUAUUAACUAUGUUGUUAGUGCUCUAGAAGAAGUGAUUGGAGACAUUCAUAGUCAAACUCAAGAAUCUGUGAAAAAUCUUUAGAGGAGCCCAUAAAGAGUGCUGUUGAGUCUCAAAUUGAUCAGUGUUUUGAAAAAAUGCAAAAUCCUUUUGUGGCAUUAAACACUGAGAGCAAGAGAAUGCAGUACUUUUCAGAGAAAUGGGGAAAAAAUAUAUCCUGUUGAAUAUGUUCUCGGAACAAGAUUUGCUACACGGCGUAACAGAACAACUGGAACUUAUGCCCAAACCAUUGUUAAGGAUAAAUUUGUAUAUAUACCAAUUCUUGAGACAUUACAGUCCAUUUAUAAGCACCCUAACAUUAAAGAUAUGAUGACGAGAGAUUCACAACAAAGACCAAAUUGUCUUUAUGACAUACACGAUGGAGAAUUCUUUAAGAAUCAUGCGCUCUUCUCAAAACAAAGACAUGCAGUUCAGAUCCAGCUUUUUUUUUGAUGAAUUUGAAUGCUCAAACCCCCUUGGAUCAAAACGAGGAAUACUUAAGUUAGGAGCUAUCUAUUUUACCCUUAGAAAUAUUUCCCCUAAAUACAACUCGAGUUUACUAAAUAUCCAUUUAGUUGCUUUAUUUCAUGCACAAGAUAUCAAAACUUAUGGGUUUGAUAAAAUACUAGGGCCGCUUGUCCAGGAUAUCUCAACACUGGAAACCAAUGGAAUUCAGAUUCCUUUAUUUGAUCAUACAGUUUAUGGAACCAUUGUCCAAGUUACUGGUGACAACCUUGGUGUUCAUUCUUUAUUUGGUUUUGUGGAAUCGUUUAGUGCUAGGUACUGUUGCCGCUUUUGCCUACUAGAGAAAGAAGACUUUCAGACAGAGUUCAGUGAAGAUAGUCCAAAGAUGUCAGUGCGAACUAAAGAACUUCAUGCUGAACACUGUCAGAAUAUGCAGAGCAAUCCCAGUCUACCUUAUGUAAUGGGAGUAAAAAAGUCUUGCCUUUUAAAUUCUUUGCAAUAUUUCCACACCACUGCAAAUUUUUCGGUUGAUAUCAUGCAUGAUAUAUUAGAGGGGGUUGCACAAUAUGAGAUGAAAUUACUUAUUCAGCACCUGAUUGACAAUUACACCACAUCAGCAGAAGUACACAGACGAAUUCAGAGUUUUAAUUAUGGCUUCAUGGAACAAAACAACAAACCUCCUGGUGUAGCAUUAAGAGAGGGUUCCAAUGACCUGGGCUUAAAUGCCACUCAGAGCUGGUGUUUACUGCGUCAUCUACCCAUUAUGUUUGGAGAUCUUGUGCGUCCUAAUGAUCAGCACUGGUAUUGUUCAUUUUUAUUGCUUCAGAUAGUCAAUAUAGUGUUUUCUUCAGUUAUAUCCACUGGUAUCACCAUUUAUUUGAAACACCUGAUUGCAGAGCACCACAGUUUGUUUAAGCAUUUGUUUCCUGAUAAGAACUUGUUGCCAAAGCAUCAUUUUAUGGUGCAUUACCCCAGUUGUAUGCAGAAAAUUGGACCACUGCUACAUUGUUGGUGCAUGCGUUACGAAGCGAAGCAUAACUUUUUUAAAAAGCAGUUGAAAAGCUUUAAAAACAUAACGAAAACAUUAGCAAAGAAACACCAGUGCCAAAUGGCUUACAUUUGGCAAACAUUUGAUCCAAAUGACAUGAAAUUAGGUCCUGGGAAAAUGGCCCCCUUGAAUGAAAUGGAAGUUGGUGCUGAGAUGGCUGAGAAACUUAAUGUACCUAUGUGGACUAAGGUCCUAAAUGUGAAAUGGGUCAAGCGCUGUGGAAAUACUUAUCGGUUAGGGUUAGCGGUUUGUGUUCAAGUUCAGAAUGACAUGCCUGUAUUUCAUGUAAUCCAGAAUAUUGUUAUCAAAGAUGAGCAGGUCCUUUUGAUAACAACUGCACUGAAAACGUUUUGUUUAGCUGAACAUAUCCAUGCUUACAAAGUUGCACAUACCACAGAAGCACCUUCUGUUUUGGAGAUUACGGAUAUUUUGCACAAGUUGUUUGACAUUCUGAUGUCUUAUGGUUGUGAUUCUGAUUUGUAUAUUGUACCAUAUUGUUUCAUGUAAUUCUUCUUCGUCUUCUCCCUUACAUUAUCACUAUCACAAUUUAUUUAUUUAUUUUUUUGUAUUAUUGUUUUCAUUAUUUAUUUUUUUAUGAUCACAAGUGAAUUAAGUGUAAGUGUAAUAUUGUUUAAACAGGUACUUGAAAAAUAAAAUUGUGAGACAUGA